UUCAACUAAAGCCCACCAUGUUGACUUUUCUCGCAUUAAAAACUACGACUACUUUCAGCAGCAAUUAUGCAUCUCGGAACAGAGGACCGUGUUUGAAGUGAAUUCUGGCUUGGAUAUAACAUCGUUGUCUGGAGGCCGAUAGGUUGUGUAUGAUCAAGAUAAAUUAGAUUCUGGUUGCUGUGUUUAUCAAUUACGUUUUCACACCGCACUAAUGCUGCAUGGGGCUAUCGAAGAGUAUGCACAUAAUUCACGCAUAAUAGACAAAUGAUAAGACCCGACCUGCACUGAGUGAAUGGACGUAGUUCAAUUGGGUCACCGCUGUCGGUCAGGUGCUGUUUCGUGCAUGUGCUCAGCAUAAUACAACCACUGCAACCCAGCUAUUGGUCUAGCUCCCGGCCCCCUUAAUGGCCCCUGACAUUUCAACCAGACUACUCAAGCGGUCGCCAAUCCACAUCGUCGGCAGCGCGUCCGCGUCCGUCCACCGCGCGUAUGACGUCAUCGCGUGAGUGAUGCCUCAUACUAUCCGGCUUGGCUUGACAACUGAAUAGGAAGAUGAGAUAGGCAGGCUGCAUCAUUUCAGAGGACUCUGUUGAAUCUGAAGAUGCGGCCUUAAUGGAGGUAUCUUACUACUUAUGGAGCAGAGCAAGGAGCAGCUAUAGAAAAGUCUAUCUUGGUGCAGCUGCCGAGCGUGUUUCUGGAUUGAGCUAGCCAACUGUCACAAUGCCGGGGCUUAUUGACAGGCACACUAGAUCGCCACUGGCUCUCCAAGCCACAAGAGUGUCAACGUGUCUGAACGGACUGUCACUCGGUUUGACCUCAUCAUUGACCUACUUCAACGAUGAAGACCACGUCGUUGAGGGCGUCUUUUGUCUCGCGCUGGACGAGAACACGUCAGUGACGGGAUUUGAGGCGCGUAUGUCCCAGGGGCGUAACAUCAGCGUACACGUGAAGGACCGCUGCGAGGUCGAACACUACGACGAGAUUUUAACUGGUUCGCCUGCAACUUCGCGUAACAAUGGAGGCCACCAUCAUACCUACAUCCCACCAGGAAAGUUUGCCUUGACUGAGUAUGACAGUACCCGUGUAUUCUGCGCAAAUCUCGGCACGAUCCGACCUCACGGGACGGUCACCAUACUCAUGUGUAUCUCGUCUUUGCUUCAAACCGGUAAAUCCGGGGAAGUGCUCAUGAAACUUCCGCAUAUAUUCACCCCGAGGUUAGUCCGCGAACUUGUGCCUUCUGAAGGAAAGAGCAGCGCCCAUUCCUCGCGUCCUAAAGCCAAGCCUAGCCUAGUUGUAGCAUCACAGCAUCAAUUUAUCCUCAGAUCUCUGAUUGAUAUAGCCGAGGAAGUCAGCGAGACACCCAAGGAGUACGACUUUGAGUUUCAGUUGGAGGUGAAAGCCCCCGCCUUGCUUGCUGGCGUGUCGUCGUGUACGCACGCGAUACGAGUCGAUGCCGAUCCUUACGCCGAUAACGCUUCGGAUGUUUUCGUGACUCUAGCCGAGCCUCAUCAAAUGGACCGAGAUUUAGAGGUCAUACUCCACCCACCCAAACCCCACUUGCCUAUAGUCAUCCUAGAACAUGGCGACAUGAGCCCUGCGGAGUAUGAAAACUUCGUCAAAGUGGAACAGGAGUACUUCCGGACUGGCGAGAGUACGGAAAGCGAUCAGCGACGAGACCUGUUAAACCGAAUGCACAAGGAUAUAAUGCACAAUGCCGUAUCAAUGCUGAACUAUUGCCCAGAUUUCGAUAGUCUAGUCCGCCAGAUGAUACCCUGUCGUUUCGAUAUCCAAGGUGAAUAUAUCUUCAUGAUUGACCGCAGUGGUAGCAUGAGUGGUGAAUAUAUCGCUAAUGCUCGCGAGACUCUCAUGAUGUUUCUGAAGAGUUUACCAACCUGCUGCCACUUCAACAUCGUUGGGUUCGGGUCAUCCUUCAAGCCUCUAUUCGAGUGCAGCCGAGCCUACACCCAGUCCAAUAUCCGAGAAGCCAGUUCCUAUAUCACCAAGAUGCGAGCUGACAUGGGAGGCACGAGUCUACUUGCCCCGCUGCUGUGGAUCUACCAGCAACCCGUCACCAGGGGUUGGCCACGGCAGCUAUUUGUUCUCACAGAUGGUGGUGUUAAUAACACUGGGGAUAUACUAGACCUAGUGCGCAGUCACUCCAGACAUACAAGAGUUCACACUUUUGGAGUUGGGGAGAACGUUUCUAAACGUCUGGUGAAGGGAAUGGCACGCGCCGGUAGAGGGCGCGCUGAGUUUAUCGCCAUUAAAGACCGUAUGCAAAGCAAGGUGCUAAGUACCCUAAAGCACGCCCUCCAGCCAUGUAUCAGCGAUAUCCGUCUGGAUUGGAAGCUACCGUACGGAGUAGAAGUGCUUCAGUCUCCCACAGUCCACCCACCGAUCUUCCAGGGCGAACCGCUGGUGGUCUACGGUCUCCUGUGCGAUACCGUCCGCAUGCAUAGCACGCUGGCCUCGGUGCUUCUCAAGACGGCACGGAAGAAUCCCUUCGUGGAGAAGGCUCUGUCCAGAGGAUCAAGUAAUGAGAAAGCUGAGGAGGAUGCUUCGUCACCGACUAGACCCAAGUCAACAAGUGGAAGCCAGGAACAAGACGACGCUACGGCUGUAAAUCAAGAAGUCUUGCCGCCCAAAAGUCAAUCCAACGGCCUUACCCAUCCCACGCCUUCUAUGAUUGAAGAGAAUGAUGUUGCUUUGCCUUCGUCGGUUGAGCAUAGCCCUCGAAGAAAACUGUCUAAUGUCGGCCAAACAGCUCAAAAGCGCUAUUUGGAACUCGCUGCCAAGCGGAAUCGCACAGUGUCUGUUCCGGAUAAUCGCUUUGGGGGCGUGGCCGACCCUGUUGCUGUCCAGGCGAUUCUGACGCGCCUGGAAGCGAACAAUGAGCGCAGACAAUCCGAGUCACAGCUCCACCCACUCUCAGCCAGAGCUCGCAAAUUCUCGCCCGUCGUGAGAACUGAGGGCGGAAGCACGACUAGUUUCGACUUCGAGCCGUCCAGCCCAGCUUGGGAUAACUUCAUGGAGUCUGGUGACGGGGAGGAACUGUUCGAUCAGGACGUUCAGAUGUCGCUGAGUGACGCUGUGGUACUAGACGACGGAAAUUUGGUUGACAUGACAACACGAACAGGGAAAUGUGGCGUCACUGUGUCUGGCCUCUUCUGCGGUCGUCCAAUAUGCUGCGACGUCCCGUUCGACAUAUCAACGCUGGUGCGAGGUGAAUGGGUUGGACCGUGCGGCGAGGAAGACGUCUGGGAAGAGACUAUACAUCAAUUGGCGGCAAAGCGUUUGUUGCAAGAUUUUGACGCGUUCUCCAGGCGUCUUGGACAUGAAAAUGGUGACAAGCGGAGUUUCUCUGACGCGACAGCCGAAGAACUGACUAAAACUCGUACCAAGAUGUUGGAGGUGUCUCAAGCAGCUAAUGUUAUCUGUCGUCACACGGCAUUCGUCUCUGUUGAUCAAGAAACAUUAGAACCGUUACCAUCACCCAUACAGGUGAUCCAGCCUACGCCGCGAAUCUCCAAGCCCGUCGGUAAACGAUCCAUCCGCUUUGGUUACAGCAAAGGAUUAGGCCGACGGAUAUCAACGUCCUUUACUGACUCGGAGGAGGAUGCCUUCUCAUCAGGAUUAGGUCGAUCUGACUCGAUGAGUUCUAGUCAGUCUCAAUCUCAGCCGUACUCCGCCUCUCAUUCCUUGGAUCUACCACACGCCGGAACCAAUAGCCCUACCUGGUCAUCUCAUGACGUCCCUGAAUGGUCGUUUUCUGGAUCUUUCUCAAACAUCAACAUCAGUAAGCCGAAACCAUGGCAACUAGCAACCCGUCUAAUCAAGCUUAGCAACAGACUCAGCACGAUGCCGUCCAAGAGGCCUCUCUUCCGCGCAGUGGAUAUGAUGGAAGGAGGUGGAAGAACCCUCAGCAUGGAGACUGUGGAGCUGCAUGCGUUGGUCAACCUACAACUGUCUAAUGGAUCCUGGGAACUAGACCAGGAGUUAGCAGAAGCCUUGGACAUCCUGAUGGAGAAGCUGAAGAAGGCAUCUCCUCUCUGCAUCCCGGCUGGUGACGAGGAGAGCGUCUUCGAAGCCGAUGUGGAGACAACCACCAAAGGAGGAGCAUCCAGUCCCAGCAACGUAGACACCGAUGAUGCCUACACCAGUCAGGACAAGGAUAAAGACGAAGAUGAGAUGCUGAUCAAAAUAGUCGAGAGCCCCGUUGAGGGAGUAAAAACCGCAACUACUUUGCCGCAGUCCGACAGUGGAUACCAGACCGUGAGGUCAUGCUUCUCAUCUCCUGAUGAAUCCGUUCUGGGUGCACUUACCAUGACCUACUCUACGCGCCUUGAGUCAUCGUUAACUGAGAGUAACGUGGGGAAGAGUGAUGUCUGUAGUAACAGCAGUCCUGGGAGUAAACGUCUGGGAUCAGAUGACUCAGUUGGAGAAGUCUUAGAGAAUAGACUCUGGGCUACUGUCCUGUCCCUUACCUGGCUGGAACACAAUUGUUCUUCUUUCUUUAAUGAAUGGGAGCUGCUUGCCGCUAAGGCUGACCGAUGGUUGAAUGACCAGCGACUACCCAGAGGUUUCGAUCUACCUGGCUUGAAGGCAGCUGCCUAUCAAGUCAUUGUGUUGUCAAGAAAGUAAAUUAAAGAGGUCUUACACCUGUCUGAGUGCCAUAUACCUGUAGUAUUAAAAAGGUUAUACGAAGUUACAUCUGAAUAUAUCCGGAAGUUGACGCACCAAAUAAUGAAUAAAAGUAUGGUUCCAAAGAU